AUGGAGUCCCGCACGGCCGGGCCGGGCCCGCCCGCGGCGGCCGCGCAGGCGAUGGAUUCUCCCUAUGCCAACGGAGCCUACAGCCCCCCGUACCCACACUACGCCAGCCUGCCCCAGGCACGGGGCUUCUACUGCUCGGGGCCCCCGCGCAGCCCCUACCCCCCGGAGCCCACGGGCCUCUACCGGCCCCCGUCGCCCGCUCCCGCCUGGAGCUACGUCCCCCCCGAGUGUCCCCCCGAGGGCUCGGCCCUCCGCAGGCACCCGGUGCCCGGCUACUCCCCGCCACAGACCCCAGGAAUGCCAAUGCCGCAGUAUCCCUACGGAGACAGCAGCGCAGGGCUGACAGGGCAGGGCCCAGUGCCACAGCCCCGAGCCCUGGAGGACACCUGGGGCCCCCACUCUGGCUUUGGGGUGCAGCCUCGCUACGCCUGGCCCGCCUCAGGGCACGGCAGCCUCUACAUCUCGGAUUCACAGCCAGCCUGGAGCGGCAGCGGGGCCCCUUCCCACCCUCCCUCCUGGGACUCACAGGCACAGGACUCUGUCUACGACAGAGCUGAGCAAAGCCCCGGCCAGCACAGUUACUAUUCUGAUGGCAACCAGCGGCACUCAGUGAACGAGCACAGGGUGGCCAAGCCUGCCCCAUCCCAGCCCAGGGUGCAGUACAGUGCCCAGCCCCAGCUCUAUGACCACACCUCACGGAAACCCAUGGCCAGGAGCCAGGAGCUGGGCUUCAGACCUGCUGAGCAGCCUGCCACACAUCCUGCAGCCCUGCAGCCAGAGAUUCAGAGGAUCCUCCACGUCAUGGGGGAGGCUGAACAGCUGGAGGAAGAGGUGGAUGAGUUUGUAGGGAAAAAGACAGAUAAAUCCUACAGGCUGCUGGAGGAGAUGUUGACCAAGCUGCUGCUGGAGCUGGAUUCCAUUGAGACUGGGGGCCAGGACAGUGUCCGGCAGGCCAGGAAAGAGUCCGUCCACAGAAUUCAGGCCAUACUGGAAAAACUGGAAAGAAAGGGAUUGUGAAAGCACAUGAGCCACAACACACAGCCUGUUGUUGAGGUUCCAAAGAGUUCUUUUAAAUCUCAGCUCUUUCUGCUACGCACUAUUGACAAUGGAAUAGCAAUAAGCCCUGAGUUAACAAAUCAAAUUAAACCCACCAAAAAGCCAGCCCAGAAGCCCGGCCCCGACAAACAACUCAGCAAAGGACAAAUGGAGAGAGGUUUGAAGCAGCAAAAGCAUUGAAAGAAGAUGUUGAAGAGAAGUGGGCCAAGGAUGGAGCCCUGUGGGGUUGUGCCCAAUCUCUGGGUGCCUCCUACAGCCACAGCCAGGCUUCAGACACUCCUCAGAUGUGCUGCAACGUGCAGCCACCAACCAAGACUCUGGGCUUGUCCUCACUGCCUGUAAUUUCAGCUUCAGCUCCCUUGCCAUGAACCCCAUGUGUCCUCAGAGGGGUUGUUUGGGUUUAGUGCCCUCAAGGAGCACCACUGAAGAGCUGGAGGGAGGGACUGUGCUGGCACAUGUCACAUGGUGCUGUUCCUGCUGCGUGGUGCAGAGCCAGUGUGGGGUGUCCCUGUGGGCAUAGGAACAGACUGGAAAUCCCCGUUCUGCCGCUGAAAGAAGUGCAAGUCAAGGCAAGAGCAGGGGCAGGAUGCUUGGAAGUGAUUUCCAUGUCACUUGGGUCAGAAUCCCCUGUUUUAUGUCCCUGUCCAUCCUGUGAGUUCUGUGUCCCACUGUGCAGCACCACGGGGAGGGAACAGCUCGGCCUGUUCCAGCCUCCUGGUUACCACCUGCACAGCAACUCACUGCUAUGUGUGGCACCUAAUAAACCCUGACAAGUUUUAAAUGUUAUUUUGUAA